UGACUUUGCUCAAAAGAAUCAAAAAUCAUAGUUGCGACGGGCAAAGCUUGGUAUUUAUAGGUGGCUCCAGGUGAAACGGUCUCAUUGGGACAUGUGGCAAUGCGGGAUGGCCGGGGAUUGAGCCAAUAGCGUGGCCCACGCUUUCCUUGCCCAGCCGAGGCUGGCGCUGGUGGUGCACUAUAAAAGGAAAAAUCAUAGUUUGGAGUUUAUAGCAAUACCUCUUGCGAGUGUUGUCAAUCAUGCCACCCAAGACUUCCGGAAAGGCUGCCAAGAAGGCCGGUAAGGCCCAAAAGUCUAUCACCAAGGGUGAUAAGAAGAAGAAGCGCAGGAGGAAGGAGAGCUACAGCAUCUACAUCUACAAGGUGUUGAAGCAGGUCCACCCUGACACCGGUAUCUCCUCCAAGGCCAUGUCCAUCAUGAAUUCUUUCGUGAAUGACAUUUUUGAGCGCAUUGCCGCUGAGGCUUCCCGCCUUGCCCACUACAACAAGCGUUCCACCAUCACCAGCCGGGAGAUUCAGACCGCCGUCAGGCUUCUGCUCCCCGGUGAACUGGCCAAGCACGCUGUCAGCGAGGGCACCAAGGCCGUCACCAAGUACACUUCCUCUAAGUAAAUUGCUUGGUUGCUCGGUUUCUCCGGUCUCCUACAACAACAUCGGCUCCUUUAGGAGCCACA